AUGCUCCUAGCGCGAAUCCGGCUUCGGCUCUGGAGACCACCAAAAUCAAUUACGAGAUUUUUUGCGAAAGAGAAAGGAUCGGAAGUGGUAAAGAAAACCCCUCCACCAUGUCCGCAGGGUCUGAAACUGGAGUCAUGCCAGUUGGACCCUUGUAUGUUGGAUCCAUGCAAACCAGAACCAACGGUGGUGAUCAUCGGAGCGGGAAUGGCAGGACUAUCGGCUGCUCAUCGACUGGUCCAAUGUGGACUGCAAAAUUUCACUAUUCUAGAGGCUACAGACAGACCAGGUGGACGAAUUCACUCCUGCUGGCUGGGAGACGUCGUAGCAGAGAUGGGGGCGGAUUGGAUCGAGGGUGGCUGCGUAGCAAAUCCAGUCUUCACCCUGGCAGCCCAAGAGGGCCUCCUAAAACAUCCCCUUUUUCGAGCAGAGCCCACGAAAAGUCUUUUCUGCACGAGCGAUGGUCGAGCAAUCGAUCUUCCCGUCAGCAUCACCGCUUAUCAUACUUUUAAACAAAUUGAGCAACAAGCAGCUGCGUUAUUCUCUCUGGGUUGUGGUCGAGCUCACGGAACUCUGUUAAAUUUCAUUGGCGUGAGAAUUCAACAGGAGUUGCACAAUUUUCCGGAGGAGCAGAGGUACGACGCUGCCAGAGUUAUGUACGGAAUGACGAAUUUAGUGAGAUGUCGAUGUGGCGAUGACCUAUCUAUGGUAUCGGCUGAUCAAUUCGGAAGUUACAUUGAAAUUCCUGGGGGAAACGUCAGGGUUCCCCUUGGAUACGUCGGCGUAUUAGCUCCACUCCUGAGAGAUCUGCCGAGUUGUUCUUUGAGGUACUGCAAGCCUGUGAGUUGUGUGAGAUGGGGAGCAGUGAGUGACUUCUGUCCUCGUGCGGUCGUUAAAUGCUGCGAUGGCGAGGAAUUUCUAGCUGAUUAUGUCAUAGUCACUGUACCGCUUGGAGUAUUGAAAAAUCAACACGACAAACUCUUCUGUCCUGCAUUGCCUGCAGACAAAGUCGAUGCUAUUUGCAAGCUUGGGUACGGAUAUGUCAACAAAAUUUUUCUGGAGUAUGCGAGGCCCUUUUGGGUUUGGAGAGAAGGGAAUAUAAACCUUGCGUGGUCAGCCGAUGAACUUUCAGACAGAUGCGAUUGGGUAAAAGGAAUUGCACACAUCGAAGAACUCCCAGGUUCUCAACACGUCCUCUGCGCCCUGGUGAGUGGUCGUGAGGCCGCGGAAAUGGAGCUCUGCUCCGAUGAAGAAGUGGUGGAGUCAAUCACCAGGACACUCAGACAAUUCACUGGAGAUCCGACACUUCCAUAUCCCUCCAACAUCCUAAGGAGUAAGUGGUGCAUGGAUCCGCACUUCGCUGGGGCCUACAGCUAUAUGGCAAUGGACAGUACAGUGGGACAUCAGUGCGAUCUCUCCAAUCCUCUCCCUGGCUCUUGUGAACCAAUUGCCCCAAUAUUACUAUUCGCCGGUGAAGCAACGAUCCCCGGACACUACAGUACAGUUCACGGAGCAAGAUUGAGUGGAAUUAGAGAAGCAGAAAGGAUAAUCCAACUCACGAAACGCUUCGGUGGACCCCCGAAAACACCUCCCGAUGAUAAAUGCAAGCCUGCAUGCCCCUGA